CAGCAAUAGCGAUCUGUUCACUGGAUGGUCGCCAUAAUUCAGGGAUCAUAGCCACUAAAAAAACGCCACACUGUGCAAGAAUAAUUCCUAGUACACACCGCCGCACGACGAAACCUUCGUUCGAACAACCUCAAUCUUAUCGCUCCUACCAUAUUAAAGAAUGGGUUCUUAUUUUUCGAAAAAUCAAUUUCCAGUAAAUGGACAGACUAUCCUCAUCACUGGGGGCUCAACAGGCCUAGGUCUUAACGCGGGCCGGCAACUAGCGGAAAAGGGGGCCAAUGUCAUCAUCGUUGCGCGAAACGUCGGUAAAUUAAAAGAAGGCAUUCGCUAUAUCUCAAAAUGUGCUUGUUCACCUGAGACGCAACGAUUCCACCACAUCGUCGCCGAUGUUACCACGGCACCAGAAUGCGCUCGGGUAGUAGCCGAGGCCACAGAAUGGAAUGGCGGCUGUCCACCUGAUAUCGUCUGGUGUUGCAGUGGUAGUGCGCAUCCAACAUUAUUCAUCGACACGCCCAUCGACCAGUUCCAGACGAUGAUGGACAGUAACUACUUCUCAUGCGUGUACAUGUCACACGCAAUCCUCAACGCCUGGCUACGACCAGCCAUAGAUGCGAGUGCCGCCACCAAGGAGACCGAGCCUCAAGCAAAAGCAGCUAAGCCCACUCCACUGCCGGCGCGUCAUCUCAUCUUCACAGGCUCUUUCGUAUCCUUCUACAGCUUCGCCGGCUUUACACCGUACAGCCCCUCAAAGGCUGCAAUCCGGUCCCUCUCCGACUCCCUCUCGCAGGAAAUGAACCUCUACGCCGCAGCGCACCCGGACUUACCCCGUGUCCGCGUGCAUACCGUAUUCCCCGCCACCAUGCCGACGCAAUCGCUCGAAGACGAGAACCGCGUCAAAACCGACUUAACCAAGGCAUUAGAAGAAGGCGACCAGAUCCUAUCGCCGGAGCUGUGCGCGCGGCGGGCGAUUUCCGGGCUUGAAAGCGGGGAGGAACUGGUGCCGACAAGUACGAUUAUCUGGGCGGUGAUGACUAGUGUGAUGGGAGGGAGCGUGCGAGGAGGUUUUUGGAGGGGAUUGGAGAGCACGGUGGGAGGCUGGAUAACGCUUAUAGUGAUGGUUUUCAUUCGGUGGGAGAUGGAUAGUAAGGUGAGGAAAUGGGGAGCGGAGCAUGGGUCAAGCGGGAUGGUGAAAAAGGAGUAGGUAACUGAUGACACGGCUGUGAUGAGGUAUGUCUCCUGGAAAGCUAAAUAUGACUAGACUUGGGUCUACUGGACGAAAUUGUGGAUGUUUCUAGCUAGGUAAUACCUAAUGGCUCAUUUUUUGUUUUUCUUCACUAUGGAGAUAGUUAACUUACAUUUAGUGAAUCAUAAAUGAAUCCUGUUUAGCC